CUUUCUUUCAUAGAGAGUGGAAUUGGAGGCCUGGACGUAAUUAAUAGGGUCAGGGCUAAUGCCAAAUAUUUUAAUAUCAAUUAAUACUUAUAUAUUAAUUAAAGCUGAGUAACAAACACUCCUGAAUCAAUUAGAUUAGGAUAAUCUCUGAACAUUACAUUUGUUUUUACCCGUGUAUACUAUACAGUAUACAGAAUUACAGGUGAGGUAACAAAGUCGACCAACACAAUUACUAAAAAAGUUAACAACAAAGUAAAAGAUUAAAAAUAAUAUUAAUAAUAAAAAUAUUUACCGGAGACUUAUCAGUAUUAUAAAUAUAAUAACUUUAAUAAGCAUUUAAAUUUAUGUGAAAGUGCAAUUCAGGUUUUUAUAUAUAUAUUAUUUCUUGACGCAUUUCCACUACGUGUAGCCUAUUCUUUAUUAACUAAUUAAAUACAGGCAGUUAAUUAAUACUGAAUUAUACAGCACUUUUUUCUUUUUAUUUGAUUUCUAAAGGGUAAUCUGGAACUACAUUAAAAUACUUCAAUGGUUACUAUAACAUGUAUUUAUUGUUUUCCAAUUGUUUUUUCAUAAAUUUCUCAGUGGUUUUAAAGUGAAAUUUUAAUAUAAUUAAUAAACCAUGUAUCUUCAAAGACAGUCAAACACCGGGAUUGUUUUGGUCCAUAUGUGGCCAUAUUUUUUGCCAGUAUCAGACCAAAAGUAUUAUUCAUACGGUUUAAGGAAUGUAAAAAUGAUGGACAAUUAUUAUGUCAGAUUCAGGGGCAUUAGCUUACAUUGGGGCGUAGGCGUAGGGACGGGCUCUCACUGAGCAUUGAAGGUCCUGUCGUGUUGUCCAUACACUCUAGGCCCAUUUACAGACCUGCCAACCCUUCCGAUUUUGUCAGAAUUAUACAGAUUUUUUACACCUCAUUCCAACCUUCCGACAAACCCCUUAAAAUGCUGAUUUUUCUAACUUAAUAAUUUUUCACAAAAAAAAUAAAUAAAUGUCGGGUAUGACAGGAAGUGUUGCAUUUGUUUUUACGGAGUGUCUACAAGUCUGGCAACCGGACGAAUAAGUGAAUAAGUUCUCGGGAUAUUCGGCCGGCCACUAUAUAUUUGACCAAAUCACAUGACUAGCGUAACAAAGUUGCUCGAGUUAUCUGUCCGUCAGCUUUUUCAUGUGACCGCUAAUUGUCUAUCAGAGUUUACGGUACUUCAUUUCAACAAAUUCAAGAUAGUCUUGACAUUUACAUGAAAAAGAAAUUAAUUCUACAAAAGAAAUACUAGAACCAUUGCUGGUAUUUAUAUAAUGAACGAUUGGUUAAAAGUGACAAUGUUUUUUAUAAAGUGUGACAUGCCCGCCAGAUGAAUAUCUCCCGCACUAUUUGUCCGGUCGCCUGACGUGUAGACACUGCCUUGUUUUUAUCGCAGCAAACCGCGAUCUUCAAAUCAUUCUUCAAUCAUCAAUUGAUACGAUCGUAAUUCAUCCUUUUACAAGGCUAAAAAAUAAUUCAGACAUUUUUGUUAAAGCUUUUCUUAAUUAAAUCGUUAAAUCUAUUGCUCUUCCUUUCACCCAUUUUCUGAUUGUGGUAGUUAUCAGACUAUAACAUAUUAGUGGGAAUAGGCUUAAUGGAUAUUGAUUCUUUUUUUUUUUUUAAACCAGCUUUUACUAAAAAAAAAAAAAAUAAAAAAUAACUUGCUAUGUUUUUUAAAUUAUGCUAUCAUUUGUUAAUUGAUUCUUAUUUAAAUACAUCUUGUUUUAUGCUGAUCUGACUUCAAAAUUAAGCCACAUUAAAUUUCAUCAGUAACUUUAUUUUCACCAGUGACAGACUGUGAUAUUUUAUCUCUAUGUACACUCAAUACAAAUUAAUAUCCAUAGCAAAUACAUGUCUGCAAAACAAAGUGACAGAGAUUGCAAUAUAAACUUCAGUGAUCUACUUUAGAAGUUAACUUUUUUGACGCAGAUUAACUCGAUUCCACUUGCAACUGGGCACUACGAUGCUAGUAGUUAUUGAAUUCAUUAUAUAUACUGUAUGUUUAUUUAUUUAUUAUUAAGAAACUGUAUUGUACUAUUUGGGGCCAUCCAUAAAGUACAUCACAUUCCAGAGGGGGGAGGGGGUGUAAGAAAGUGUGACAGUUUGUGACAUGGGGGGGGGGGCAGGCCAUGUGUGACGUCAUACAUUUAUUUUUUUAAAUUUCAUUUCUAAUUUAUUUUUUUUUAAAAUUUAAUCACUUUAAAAAUAAUUUUCAAAAAUUUUGUGAAACAUUCUACAGUAGAAGUCCAUUAGUCCGGCAUUCAACAGUCUGGAAUGCCUGAUAGUCCGGCAUCGCUCCGGAAAAUUGUAAAAAUUUUGGUUUUCUCCAAAAGUGUGUCUUUAAAGCAAAUAAAAACGCUCGAGAGCUAUUCGGAAGUUUUCGGGGUAGUUUGGGAUAAUCCAGAAGCGCCUGCUAUUGUUCGGAAAAAAUUAGCGGCCGGCUAGUCUCAGCUGUCACAACAAAUACAGGUGCAGUGCAGCACAGUUAAUCAAUCAUGAAGCGUCUUCGCCAUUUUUUUGUGCCCUCUUUAAAGACUUGUUUUUUCACCACUUUGUGCCUCAGGUCAAAAAAUCCUUCAAAAGCCUUGGUCUACCAGAAGAUACUAAAGUCAUCCUUCUUUUGGACAAUUGCAAAGCCCACCCGCCAGUAGAUGAGUUAGUUUCUGGAAAUAUUGUUGCUACUUUGCUCCCACCUAACGUAACAUCUUUGAUUCCACCCAUGGACCAAGGGGUUAUUCAAAAUUUGUAAUGCUUUUAUAGAAGGUCUUUUAUUCAAGGCCUGUUAAAUGUCGACUGUGACGUGACUGAUUUUAAAAAAAAGUUUACAGUAAAAGAUGCCGUCUAUGCUAUUGCACUGUCUUGGAACCAGGUAAAAAAUACAACACUCCAAAAAUGCUGGAGAAAACUUUGGCCAGCCGCAAACCCUGCAUCUGACCUAACUCUACAGACUGAUGAGGAAGAAAACCAUCAAAAAGCUCUGACCAAAGUUUUGGAUGUCCUUACAAGUGCUGACAAUCCCUUGAAAAACCUGCCUGAAGAUGAGGUAGAGGAGUGGCUUCUACUCGACGGGAAUGAGCCUGUUGAACAAGAACUAACCGAUGAGGACAUUAUCAACAGUGUAGUAAACCCUCAGCCUACUCAAAAUCUUGAAGAAAGUGACUCAGAUGCCGAAACGGAAGAAAAGGAAAAAAUCAGCUGGGCAGAAGCUGCAGAAUCACUAAAUAAGUUUAUCUCUUUUGCUCAGGCUAGUACUAGCUACAGUGCUUCAGAAAUUAUUGAUUUCCAUAUUAUUAGAAAUAAAUUUUAUACUAAAUGCCAAAAGUCAAGAAAACAAAACGACAUUCAUGACUUUUUUAAUUCUAAGUGAAAUAUGUUUUACAGUACGUGUACAUACAUUAUAUGAAAUGUAAAAUAAACUUUUUUGUAUUUGCAUACUGUAUUUGUAGUUUAAUUAUUAACCUAAUUGUACUUAUAAUUACGAUUUAUGUAUGUAUGUAGUUAAAAAAACAAAGUACAUUUGUUUUACGGCAAAGCCUACACUAAAAAGAAGGGGCACCGCCCGAUAGACCGUAAUUUUCGGUAGUCCGGCACUGAGCCGGUCCCGAACGUGCCGGAUUAUCGGACUUCUAUGUAAUUAGUUUUAUGUCAAAAUAGCAUGAAAAGCCUAUCUUCUGAAUGUGUUGUUCACGAUUCCUCUCGCUAAGGGCACUAGUAUGCUGUUGCGAAGCCUUGUUUUAUGUAUAGCCUUGCCUUCGUCAUGCCGGAAGUAUUAUUAUUUCUAUGUUGUCCGCUGCAUAAUUAUGUCACUGUCCUUUUUAUUAUUCAAUAACUGGGUGAGGUCAAGUUUCGCUAAUCUACGUCUAAUCCUGUGUAAAAAGAUUGCAUAAUGAAAAAGAAGCAGAUAAAUAAUGUGUAUUAUAUAAUUGUCUAGUCUAAUUUUUGCAAAUUUUGUUUUCAAAUUCAAUCUAGAUUGAGUUACUGCUUCAAUGAAUAACUGUGACAACUGUUGACAAUUAACUAUUCUACUAUUUAAGUCAUUUUAAUAAUGUGAUAGUUCUUUUAAGUGGAAAUUUUAUAUUUUAAUACAGUUUAAUAUCGAAGUGUGUUUUAGAUUAAAUUUUGAUUAGGUGUUAAUUUUUUUUAAAAAUUUGUUCGAAAGUGUGACAUACUUGGGGGGGGGGGGUCCGAGAUUUGUGACGGGGGGGGGGGGAAAAAUGGUCAUAAAUAGCGUGACAUACUUUAUGGACGGCCCCUUUUGAGACAAUAUUUUACGAUUUUAGAAGUUCCAGGGUAAGCAGGUCUGAAAUAAACAAGAAAAUCUAGAUACAAUAAUUGAAAAUGGUAAAUUUAAACCACAUAGCACCCAGGAGGUCUCUGCACGUGUGAAGACCUCCUAGUAUUCUUAACAUAAUAUGUAUAUUAUGUCACAACGUCUUGUGUUCCAUGCGUUUUAUCAAGCAAAUUCAAGUACCGUCGGCAGGUCUGAUAAACUGACGCCGCAGGCUGGAUCUGGCCCGCAGGCUAUAGUUUGGUGAUCCCUGCUCUACCCUGUUACUGAUACUCACAGUCUAUGCCACCAAAAACCCAGUGGUACUCUCCACGGUACUAUAAAUGAACAUCAAUAAGAGAGUAACUGUUUAAAUAAUACAUCGAACCGGAACAACACGUUUUUUUCAUAACUGAUGCUGAAGUGGUAGAUCACCUUUAAUAUUCUGAUGACUUAUGUCUAAUACUACUUAUAGUAUUACUGAGUAUAGUAUUAUAGCAUUGAUUAGCAUCAGUUCGGUAGCACUGCAUACUAAAUACCAGUACAAGUGCAGCAUUAGUAUUACUAGUAAAUAUAGCAUAGUCAUCUCCAUGGGCAUGGUCCAUAGGCAAAUAGGUACCUAAUAAUAGGCCCUAAUAGCCCUAAAUACUACUAAUAUUACUGUGACAUAUUUACGAUCAUUCAUGUCUCAAGACAGAAUGCAUUCUUUGGCCAUUUUGUGUAUAGAAAAUGAUAUUGAAAGGAAUAUAAAUAUAGAAAGUGCUAUAGAAAAAUCUACUGAUCUAAAGGCUAGCAAAAAAUGUUGUCGGUAGGCUAAUUGUUAUACUGUCCAAGUACAAGUUAAGAAAAAACAAAAAUCUGCUGAUCUAAAGGCUAGCAAAAAAUGUUGUUGGUAGGCUAAUUGUUAUACUGUCCAAGUACAAGUUAAGAAAAAACAAUAUAAGAAAGUAAUAUUGAUGAGCCUAUAAUAAGUUUCUAAAAUUAAAUGGACUUUUUUUAAUACACAUUUAUUUGUCUUAUGUCUAAUUAAGAUAUGGAUAUUAUAAUUAAUUUUUUUUACAUUGACACAUCAAAUAUUAAUCUUAUUUUUUAUUUUUAAAAUUUACAUUUCUCCUUGUUGAAAUUUUUUCUGUUGUUUUGAAAUAAAAUACAGUGUUCCAUAGCUAUUAUAAAAAUUACUUUUGAUUUUUUUCUCGAACCAUUUUAAGCUGUUGGUAUAUGGGGACAUAAUAAUCCCAGUAAUGAUAUUAAAAUCCUUAUACAAUAAGCACAUUUAUAUUACAGUAGUGGUAGCAGACAACUUUGUUCUUGAUGUUUAAAUACUAAAAGCUUUAACCUGCAAACCCUUUCUCAAAAAUUAAUUUCUCUUCUUUCAGCUGCAAAAUUUUGACUAUGCCAGGAAGAAUACAACUAGCAAAACUUAGGUAUCUUCACCAAUCCCUUAUCAAGAUAUCAAAUUGGAAUCGCUCAAGAUGUUUACCAUCCCAAAUGAUGUGCCACUCUACUGCAUUUUUUUCUUCUGGUCAUAAAAGUUUAAAUAAAGAAAAUUCAAAUGAGAAACUAGUGGAUAUUUCUGUCAAUCCUUACUUUGACAAAUACAAGGCAAAAAUUCAGCACAUGCAAAAGUAAGUAUAUCGUAAUGAAAAUAAAUUUACUAUUUCGCUUAACACUGACUAAAUAUUUUACUUUCCAUGUUAAUUUAUAUAACUUUUAUUUAGGGGAGAGUUAAUUAUAGAGAACCCUCGUAUUUCAUUUAAUAAAUUCAUGUUUUGCAUUUAAUAUUUCACUUUUUUAAUGUUGCAUUUUAGCCAAAGGUAGCACACUACCAGUGUUAAGUUGAAUAAAAAUUAUAAACUUACAUUUAACUCUUUUUUAAUUUGAAAAAUCCUAUGUCUCUAUCCUAGUUCCAGCCCAGAUGAGUUUGAAUUUAAAAUGAAAGAGCUUUCUGCACUCAAGAACCCCAAGUUAAAGAAAUCAAGCAGUAGUUCAGUUGACAGACAGGAUGCAGCGCAAGCUGUUAAAGUUGCUCCCCCUACAGAAACUGCAAAGUCUGGAGUUGGCAUGACAAGAUCAGAAGUAAAAUUUAAUAAAAUUUAAACAUGUUUAAGUAUUUAAAAAUUAGGCUAUUACUUAUGAAAUACAAAUUUUUAAAAUCUUAAAUGUAACGAUAUCUUAUUUUGUUACUCAAUUAUUUCAUAAUCAGGGUUUGGAUUCUGUGAUGAAACUGGAAUUAAUACAAGACAAGACUGCUGAUGAAAUUAUACAAGUAAGUUUGAUUAAUAAUUAUUUAUGCUGAAACUACAAUAAAUUAGUUCUAAAUUAGUUUGAAUUUCUUAACUUGUAACUUAUUCUUCUCUUGUUAAACAGCAUCAAAUUUAAUUUUUAAUUUCAAUUUUAUUUUGAUGUUGAACCUCUUUAGGGUAAGAUGAAUAAAUUAUGGUUCAUGACUUGGCAUAACCAACCAAAUUUAAAUGUAUUUCUCUAUUUUGUCAAUCACUGAUGGCUUGUAAAGUUUAGAUGUUAUUAUCUGAUUUUGUUUCUCUCAGAUAUGGAGUCAGUAUCAUAGUGAAAAGGAUUGUGUAUAUGCGGUGCUCAAGGUAAUAAGAUGUUUAGACAUUUGAAAAGAAUGAAAUUAAGCCAAACUGUCAUGUACUGUUUCAUGUAGAAAGGCCAGUGUUUUAUACAUUUAGAUUUUUUGAAAACAAUGAAGUAUAAUUAUUUUGUUUAAACAUACUUAAUAUCAGUAAUAUUUGUAUUCAAAAAAACUUUUAACUUUGAGGAAUUUCUAGUUUUUAUAAAAGAAACCAAAAAAUCUUACUUUGAUCUCAACCCUAAUAAAAAAAAAGUUAAAACUUGUCAUUCUUAAAAUUUACCUACUAAAAAAAAAGAAAAAACAGCAUCCAAGUUUUGGCAAAAAUGUUUAUUAACACAGACAUUUAAAUAAAAGACAAAGUUCAUAAUAAAAUAAGGAUAAUCAAUUUAAUUUAAUUUUCUUUGAAUCGGCUUUAUGUAAAACACACAAGUGGCAGUAAAUUCCUUUAUUAUUAUGAAGGAAAAAGGUCAGGUUGGAGUCACCAGCAUUUCUAGGAAAGUUGGGACUCUUGCAAAUAACUUUUGCAAUUAUGACAGCUAGAGACAGACCGAAUGUGAUUUUCUGGUUUCGGAUGAAACUGAAAAUAGACUGAAAGCUAAAAAUGACUUUCGGUCAAAAACCGAAAGCCCAAACAAAAAGCUUAAAGAGACUUUCGGCCAACAUGGAAACCGAAAGAUAAAUAACUAGGUAAAAAUUAAAACAAAAAUAAUAAUAGAAAUAUUAUGAUUUCCUUAAUUUUAUUUUACACAAAAAUAUUUACCCUCGCCUAAGCCUAAUUGUAGUUUUAUUUAUUGGAAAUAUUGGAUGAAUAAGUCAUCAGGCAGGUGUGGACAGUGUUUGCAGAGGAUUGGUCAUUAUAUAAUACCAUGAUCUCUUUAAAUAGAGUCUAUUGACAUCAGAGCACUUUGAGCAUGCUAGAAUCAGUCAUCAUGACAGCAAGGCGUCUAGCAAUGAUGAAUAUCAGAUUGCCGACAGACAGACAGAGGGACAGUGUGACUUCUGGUAGACAACCAUAAGGCUCAAUUACUUAGGGCAGAAACCAAAACUCAACAAAAAAGUCAACUUUUCUUUUUCCACCAAAACCGAAACUGCGCCGAAAAUGAUCAUAUGGCAACUUUCUUUGUUGAAACCUAAACCAAAAUUUUGUCAACCUCUAAUGACAGCAUUGUGUUAAGAAAAAAAAUGAUUGUCAAAAUUCUUGCUACCACAUGUAUGUCUUUGUCAAGACUCAUCUAUCUUAAACAAUUGUACAAUUGUGGCGUACGCAAACAAGUCAUUAAUUUAUUUUUACAGUGUGACAAUUGGAAGCCUACUUAACUUCAGUAUUACUUGCUGGUGUGGGAAUUCAUUAUCUGACAUCAAACACAGAUCAAGUAGACCAAGCAUGAAAGCUAGUAAUAUCACACAAACUAAACAACCUUUCUUUGAAGAAGUAUUUGAAGAAAAUAGCCUUUUUUUUAAUUUUUUAAAUUUUUGAUGAUACAUCCCCUCAACUCCUUCACAGAUACCUAAGAUAGCUUAAUCAGGGCGGAUUCUCUCUCUUAAAGUUAAGACCGAAAAAUAUAAAAAUUCUAUCAUCCCCCAGUUUUUACGAAUUUACCAGCGUUCUCUCCCAGUGAUUACCAAAUCUAAAUGAUCACUUAUUUAGUCAUUAUUGCCACUAAGCAAGUUCAUUGAUGGCUGAUUUCUACACUAGAGAAAUACUUUAGAUGUCUUGUGUGUAACUUUUUAUAAUUGUAAAUGUUGUUUUGGUUGAAAUAUGUAUUUAUUUAUGUGCUGAAUAUUAAUAAAUACUAUGUAAUAAUAAAACAUUUCCAUUUAUUUGGAUCAAAAAAGAAUCUAAUCUACCGUAGCAAUGCAAACGUACUCAAAGUCUCAAAAUAUAACUAAAUUUUCCCCAUCUUUUCCAUUUCAGUGUGUAUAUAACAAAUAAAUGCCCUUUUGAUCUGUGACAAUAAAAUAUUGUGUCAUCUUCCACACACACAAGCACAUAAAGAUGCCACUUUUUUGUCAUAUAAAGUUAUUUAGUCUAUAUAACAAUUUUUUUUGUUUGGAUAGAUUUGAAAAAUUUUCAUAAGGUUGACUAACUAGACACCCUUAAAUUUGUAUUUUUCCUGUGUAGGCAGCAGAAUAUGAGAACUUGAGAACUAAAUCUAAGGAAUGUCCUGUUGUAAGUAUCUUCUAACUUGUGUUAAGCCUAAAGCAGCUAGUAAAGCUUAAAACUGUAAGUCUGAACUGAUGAUAUGUUAUGAAUAAAUAGCUACAACAGUUUUCGGGUCACUCUGAUCUCAGUAUAAUCUUGUUUCGGAUAAGCAAAUAAUGAAUUAGUUAUUAAGUCUGCCAAUCUAUGCUUCAACUCGUUCACUGACCCUCACUUUCCUGUCUAUCUCUCUGAACUGUUGCUUCCUUACAUCCCCACAAGACAACUACGCUCUUCCAUUGACAAUAGAACCCUCUCAAUCCCAAGAACCAAAACUAAGACCAUCGGUGAACGCUCCUUCUACUUCCAUGGGCCCACGUUCUGGAACCAGCUCCCCUUCCAUAUCCGUCAUUGUGAAACCUCGUCCACUUUUAAAAAGUCCCUUAAAACCCAUCUGCUUAGGUCCGCCUAGGACCUGUGAUGCACCCUCCUUGCCUUGCCUCAUUUUCUGUCUCAGGUUAAUCCUGUAAUAUAGGCCAAAACGUGCCAAAGUAUCCUCGUUUUAUAGUCAUUUUAAUUGUUUCUAUAGUAUAGUAGUUACUAUCCUAAUGUCUCAUUUUUAUUUUAGUUAGUUUACAUGUUUUUAAUAAUUGUAAAGCGCUUAGAGCUUUAAGGUAAGCGCUAUAUAAAAAUGCCUAAAUAAAUAAAUAAAUAAAUAUGGGGCUGUCCAUGAAGAACGGCACACUCGGGGGUAAGGUGGGGUGUAAGAAAAUGGAACAGUAUGGGUGACUUCACACAUUUUUUUUGUAUCAUGCAUAUAAAACCUGAAAGUAACAGUGAUGUUGUGAUGAAUGUAUUCUGACAGAAGAUGUCAUUUUUAUAAAUUUAAUGGUGAAGUGUGUUUUAGAUUAAAUUUUAAUUAGUUGUUAAUUUUUUUUUUAGUUCAUUUUUAUGGCUGAUUUCUACGAUAGAGAAAUACUUUAGAUGUCUUGUGUUUAAAUUGUUAUAAUUGUAAUGUUUUGUCUUGGUUAAAAAUAUUUACAUAUUUAUGUGCUGAAAAUGAAUAUGUAAAAUGUAAUAAUAAAAAAUAUUUCUAUUUACUUGUAUCAGUAAAAUAAAAGAAUCUUAUCUUAUAUUAUAUUAAGAUAGAACCUAGCAGUACCAUUUUUCUGGAGGCAUCAGCUAUUAAUAGAAUUCUUCCUGAAAUAAGCUACUAACUUAUUCAAAAUGAAAGCAAAAAUGAUAGCAAUAAUUGUUUUUAAACUUGUAUUUGAUUUUUUUUCCCUCUUAUUUUCAGUUUCUUUUUCCUGUACCAAGACCUGAUGGAUUCGAGUUCAUCUUGUCACAGUUUGAUAGAUCUGAUGUUUACUUCACACCACUAGCUAUGUUUCAGGUACUAUUUAUAGUGUUUACUUGACACCACUAGCUAUUAAUAGAAUUCAUGUAUUUGGACAUUAUUUUUAUGAUCAAGUCAGAAAAGAAAAUCAAUAUAUUGUGAGUGGGAUGAGUUGUCCAUCUUUGAAUGCUAUCUAGUACUGAUUUUGUUGUUGUUUCAACUUGCAAUUCCAUUUUGUGGAGGGUAAUUUGUUUUUUGUUGAUGUUCAUGACUCUUCUAGUUCAUUUCGUGACUCUUAAGAUCGUUUGAUUCCGUAUAACUCUUGCAUCAUACUUGAUGACACAGUGUUAAGCUCCCGUAUGUGGGGUCGAAGGAAGGGGAGUUGAGCAAGGGGGAAAUAAGAAAAUGUUAUUUUUUAAAAAAAACACUCUCGAGCAUUGGAGUUCAGUGAUAAUUGUUGCGACUGAAUAUUAUGUUUUAUUACGCGGGGUGUGUGUUUGAGAGUUUUAUAAGUUAGUGAACGCUCUUCCCGCGCUUGACUUAGGGACAUAUUUUUAUGGUGAUUGUGACGUAUUGUCUAGACUGCAUUGUGACGUAAGUUUUAUUCAUCUGGCACUCGUGAAUGUAAUGUGUGUAUGGAGUUUACAGUCUGUGUUUAUAAUAAGCUAUUAAAUUUACAUUUAUUGUGAUAAAGGACUUGAGUUUAUUCAUUAUAAGUACGACGUAUUUCAACAUUUGAAAGAACUUGACAAAUUAAUCAAUCCAGCAGAGCAAGGAGUUGACAAACCCAACUCCUUCGCUUACAGUAACCAUCAGUCCUAACUGUAGGAUUUUGGGAUUGGAAGGGGGAAGGUGUUGGGGAAGGGCAUUUUGGCAAAGGGCGGCAAAGGGUCGUUAAAUUCUACUUUUUAGUUUUAUAACUGGCUAAGAGCUAAGUCACUUUACCCGAGAUUUUGUAAGCAUUCGCUGGUAAAAAAAAUUAUUUUGUGCUUAAUUUUCAGAUUAAAAUUUUCUAACUUAAAAGUCUUUUAAAAUAUUUCUACUUUUUAGAUAGCUUACUUAAACCCAUCUUCAAAGAAAGUCUUUUUUUAUUUAUAAUUGGAUGUUUUUUAAGAAUUUGUGAGGGUUGUAAAGGAUCAUUAUUGUUAGUUAUACAAAUUAAUUUUUUGUCAUGAUUAAUUUAACCAAAAAUAUACAAAAAUAUAAAGACUGCCCUGAAUAUUCUAUGAUUAUUUUUUCUGUGUCAAAUAAUGCAAACAAAUUAAUAUAAGCUAAAUAAUAUGGUGCUGGCUAGUAGCAUCAGUCAACUUGGCAAAUUAGAAUCUGGCAAAAUAUGAUUAGAAUCUGUUGUCUCAAAUUCAGAAAAGGCUGAAACACUAGGGCAUUUGACGUGUGAUACAUGGUCAGUUGCUUGGUCAGGUUGAUAUUUAAAACUUAACUUUCCAACUCAAUGUUGAUUAAUGAUUUAUAUGACAUUUUUAAAAACAUUUUGACAGGUUGUGAGAGAGAAUGCUCCACCAUGCUUAACUUUGAAUCACUACACAGAGCUCUUGGAAGAAAAAGGUUAGAGGGUAUUCAUGCUCAUGUUUUUGUAUUUUCCUUUUAGGACACCAACAGCUAGGAUUAACUUGAAAUGACCUUGAAAAAAAUAAGAAUGCUGAGGUCAGCAUUUAAAAAUAGAGUGACCAAAAGGGAUAUUUCCAAUUUAAGUUACAUUUAACAUGCCUUUCCAGAUAGAAAAUAGUGGGUGCCUUUGACAUGUUCUGAUUAUUAUUACUUUAUGUAACAAAUGGAAGCCAUUUUGAUAUCUCACUACCAGAAUAGCUUUAAUCCCUUAGAGAAAAAAAAGGUCACUAAUAAAAUUGUAUUUGAUUCCCCAGGCAUAGUUUUAAUGACUGGACAGUAUGACAGUAAAGUUAUUGUAAGUACAUUUAUAAUGGGGAAGGUUUUUGGUUAUGUUAAUCACAGUUAUAAAAUCUUGAAGAAAAAACCAAACUUUUGUUCAUUAAUAUCAAACCGCUUUGUAUCACAGGUUAUAUAAGAUAUUGAUAAUGAUAUUCUCACUCAGGUCGUUUAGAGUAACUGUCAAAGUAAAUAAUAUCUUAGUUAAUAUAUUUUACAGAAAUGCUCCUGCUUUUAUUUUCAGAUCUGUAUUCUUGUUAAUCAAUAAAUUCCAUUAGUUUUUACUAUAUCUAUUUUUGAUGAGGGGAAAUGACAAUAAUUUAAGCUGAUCUCUUUGGCUGGAAGAGUUUUUAGAGACACACAAUGAAUUCAUAAUGCAGGAUUCCAUGGUUUCAAACAAAUAAAAUUUUGGGAAUGGGGCAAAGAAAAUUAAAUGAUGAAACAAAUCUGGUGUUAAAGGGGUUCACAGGCUUUACUGCAUUUCAUUUUGAUCACUGUUUAAGCAGCAGUUGAAAACAAUUAGUGGGUCAGAUCUAAGUUAGAUCUGAUUUUUUUGUACAUUCCAUUAGGGAUCUCCAAGACAUGCUCUAUGCCAGUUCAAGUGCCACUUAAGUGCUAUUUUUUUUUCAAUAAUUUUUAACUACCUCCCCACCCCCAAGAUCUAGCAUAGAUUUGACAAUUAAACAUUAUUCGGGGGCAUUAACUCUUUUUAGUUCAUAUAACGGUCCACACAACAAAAAAAAAGGCCCCAACACUAAAUGAUGCAACGAGCUCUGAUUGUACGUUGCAUGAAAUAAUUAAAACCUCCUAUAACUUUGACUUACAAUUAUUGGUUCUCCUUUGUGCAGCAUAGUCAUUUAAAGAUAAAUUGUGAAGGAAGCUUCUUGAGUAAAUCAUUCUUUACUAGUAUUUAAGAUUGAUUGAUUUCAAACAAUUUUAUUUCUUGAUUACAGAAAAAGGAACUUGCUUUGAGCCUAGUCCAACAGCUGAGCAUCUUUUAUGGGCAAAACUCAAAAUAUUUUGAACUCGUUCACCGAUUCAAUUAUCAACCUGAAAAAUUUCAAUACCAAGAACUUAUAGAUGCACUGAAAACUUUGCCACAAUAUGACAUGAAGUGACCCACGAAAAAUUGCUGUGUAUUGAUAUAGAUAUGUUACGAUAGAAUGAAAUCGAUGGACCAUUAGGUCAUAAGUAAGCAAGAGAUGGACACAAUGUUAAUCAAUGUUAUAGAAUGAUUGUAUCAGUAGUAGGUAGAUAAUUAAUAGGUAAAGCACGUGUUCUUACCUUAUAAUGUAACAUAUGUUAGUAUGUAAUGCAGCAUGCUUGUUGAAAGAAUAAAUUAUACAAGCAUUUCCAGUUUCUUUUUUAAAUGAUAUAAUCAUGUCAAGACUAUUUAGUUUUUCGGGAACUACAUUUGAACAUUAAUUUAUAAAAUAACUUCCUUUAUGUUUAGUAAACUCACCUUUAUACCAGGCCUGCACAACAUGCGGAUUGCAUGCCCCCCACCCCGCCCCACCAGCACCCAGUUUGCGGCCCGCGAAGUAACGAAAUAUUAUUGAUUCUUAUUAUUUUCUUAAUAGCUUUGCCCCCUGUCCUAUUUUCUUUUUGGCCCGCACAAGUCCUGUCCUAUUUUCAUAAAGUAUUAUGGCCCACCUUACAUUUUGAGUUGUGCAGGCCUGCUUUAUACCAUCAGACCCAGAAAAAGGAAACUGAUUAUUAGUAUUUAAAUGCUUUCAUUUGAUGAAAUUGACAGUGAAGUAUUUGUUCAUUUUUCUAAAGUUAAUAGCAACACUAUAAUUUUAUUUAGAAAAUACUUACUGUCAAAUAAAAACAUGUAUAUAAAGAUAAUUAAAUGUUUUUUCAUAUAAAUCCUUUAUAAAAUUUAAUAACGUGCAAUGGGGCCGAAAAUUUGACAAACCUGCAUAGAAUGAACACACUUAAGAAUCCCAAUUAGUGCUCCCCCCCCCCCCCCCCCCCCCCCCCGUUCGCCACCGCCCAUGAACUGUAUUGAUCUUGUAAUAUCCNUUCUCCGGCUCACAACCGCACAUUCUUUUAACGCCCCUGAACUACAUUAAUAUUCUAAUGACCAACCCGCUUUUACACCUCACAUUUAUUUAACCAACUAUUUCAGCAAUUAAAAAAAACACACAAGAAUAUGUUAUGCACCAAACACUUCUGUAACUUCUAGUUUUGAAUCUGUCACUAAAUUUUAUUUGAUAAAAAAAUGUUUCUAAUAACUUGUAACAAGGGGCUAAAAAAACUGUACAAUUUCAGGGUAAACAAACAAGUCAUUAACUUAUUCUACAGUGCAACAAUUGGAAGCCUACUUAAUUUCAGUAUUACCUGCUGGUGUGGAAAUUCAACGUCUGAUAUUAAACACCCCAUAAACCGACUAAUUGAGGAAGCUAGGAACAUAAUACAAACUAAGCAUCCUACACUUGAACAACUAUUUGAAGAAAGAUGUUAUUGCAAAACUAAACACAUUUUGGAUGAUACAUCCCACCCUCUUCAUCACAGACACUUAGGAUUAACCUGUUUGGGACAAAUUCUUUCCGUCAGGGCGAGAGUUGAAAGAUAUAAAAACUCUUUUGUUCCCCAAUUUACCAGCAUACUGCCCCUGAAGUCACAAAUCUUAAUGAGAACUAAUAAAUCCCUGAUAUGGCUAAGAAAACUCACUGAAUGGCCAUUUUCUUUUUUUUACUAUUACUAGUGAAAUAAUUUAUUAUAAAUGUCUUGUGUUCAAAUUGUUUUAUUUAUGUGCUGAAAAUGUACAAUGCAAUCAUAAAACAUUUCCAUUUGUUUGGAUCAAUAAAAGAAUCUUAUCAAUUCAAAUAAAGAACAGUUAGGAAUCUUAAUACCUGUAUCUAUAUAUAUUAUAUAGGUAUGUUUUACUAGGUUAAUUUUGAUUAUAAAACGCAGCUUAAUAUAAAGGUAGUCGAUGUAUGAACACCUUGAGAUAAUCAGGUUAAUUACCAUUACCAGAGCACAGGUUUCCAGCCAGGAG